AUGUCGGGUAGAGCUCACCCUGUGGAUGGUGAAGGAGAGCUUUCGCCGGCGGGCGUAUCUUCCCCGCGGCAAACAAAUACACCGUUUGUUCACAAAGUCGAGGUUCCUCCGAAGCAAAACCUGUUCAAUGAGUUCAUGUACACGUUCAAAGAAACUUUCUUCCACGAUGAUCCUCUAAGGCAUUUCAAGGACCAGUCAAUGUCCAUGAAGCUCAUGCUCGGUCUCCAGUCAGUCUUCCCGGUUUUCGAAUGGGGACGACACUAUAAUCUCAAAAAGUUUCGUGGCGAUCUUAUUUCUGGUUUAACCAUAGCCAGUCUCUGUAUUCCUCAGGACAUUGGAUAUGCAAAGCUCGCAAGUCUCGACCCUAAGUACGGUCUCUAUUCAAGUUUUGUGCCUCCAUUGGUGUACGCAUGUAUGGGAAGUUCGAGGGAUAUAGCGAUAGGACCCGUAGCAGUGGUUUCACUCCUUAUAGGUACUCUUCUUCGAGCAGAGAUCGAUCCCAACACAAACCCUAAUGAAUAUCUCCGCCUGGCCUUUACCGCCACGUUCUUCGCCGGUGUCACUCAAGCAACACUCGGAUGUUUGAGAUUGGGUUUCUUGAUCGAUUUCUUAUCCCACGCGGCGGUCGUAGGCUUCAUGGGAGGAGCAGCCAUCACCAUAGCUCUUCAACAGCUUAAAGGAUUCCUUGGAAUAAAAAAAUUCACCAAGAAAACCGAUAUCAUCGCCGUUCUUCGCUCCGUAUUCAGCUCAGCUCAUCACGGAUGGAACUGGCAGACAAUACUCAUUAGUGCAUCGUUCUUGAUCUUCCUUCUCCUCUCUAAGUUCAUCGGGAAAAAGAAGAAGAAACUGUUUUGGAUUCCGGCGGUCGCGCCGUUACUAUCUGUCAUCAUUUCAACCUUCUUCGUAUACAUUACCCGAGCCGACAAGAAAGGAGUUCAAAUCGUGAAACAUCUUGACAAGGGCCUAAACCCUUCUUCUUUGAGUCUUAUAUACUUUUCCGGCGAUUACCUUCUUAAGGGCUUCCGCAUCGGUGUUGUCUCCGGCAUGGUUGCCUUAACGGAAGCUGUAGCGAUCGGAAGAACAUUUGCAGCAAUGAAAGACUACCAAAUAGACGGUAACAAGGAGAUGGUUGCAUUAGGAGCAAUGAACGUGAUCGGCUCAAUGACUUCUUGCUAUGUAGCCACCGGGUCGUUCUCAAGAUCCGCCGUUAACUUCAUGGCCGGAUGUCACACUGCGGUCUCCAACAUCAUAAUGUCCGUCGUUGUCCUCUUGACGCUUCUCUUCCUCACUCCUCUUUUCAAAUACACACCAAACGCGAUUCUUGCAGCGAUCAUCAUCAACGCCGUGAUUCCUUUGAUCGACGUUAACGCCGCCGUUUUGAUUUUCAAGAUCGACAAGCUCGAUUUUGUUGCUUGUAUGGGAGCUUUCUUUGGUGUCAUCUUUGUGUCCGUUGAGAUCGGUCUUCUCAUUGCCGUGGGCAUAUCUUUUGCUAAGAUACUCUUGCAAGUUACAAGACCUAGGACAGCGAUUCUUGGAAAGAUUCCUGGGACUUCGGUUUACCGGAAUAUUCAUCAGUAUCCUGAAGCGACUAGGAUCCCCGGAGUUUUGACAAUCCGUGUUGAUUCCGCUAUUUACUUCUCCAACUCCAACUACGUUAGAGAAAGGAUUCAAAGGUGGUUGACAGAUGAAGAAGAGAAGGUGAACGCUGUGAGCUUACCUAGGAUCCAGUUUGUGAUCAUCGAAAUGUCACCUGUUACUGACAUUGAUACUAGCGGUAUACACGCCUUAGAAGACUUAUACAAGUCUCUCCAGAAGAGAGACAUUCAGUUGGUCCUAGCGAAUCCUGGACCGGUGGUCAUCGAUAAGUUACACGUGUCUAACUUCGCAGACAUGUUGGGACACGACAAAAUCUUUCUGACGGUGGCUGAAGCAGUGGAUUCUUGCAGUCCGAAACUCUCCGAUGAGGUCUGA